AUGGAGCCGUCGGGAUGCGCAUGUCUGCUCGUGGGGCGUCGCCGGCAGAAACCGUCCUUGUCUUUGCCUGCAAGCCCGCGUCGUCGUGUGGUGAUCCCUGGAAUCGUGCCGGGCACGGUGCUGCGCACGCGCGCCUCUGUUGUCGAGUGGAUUCACAAGUGCAGGCAGCUUCCGGCUUCCACCGAGUACACGGUGCUGAUGAGGAGCGGCAAGCAGGUUCCACGGCAUGCAGCCGACGCGGGGCUGGCAGCGCUGCCUUGCGGACUGGCUGCUGCAAACGCGUGUCAGCGAUGUCCGUGGAUGGCGGUCGGAAACAGCGGCGAGAGCGCUGCGGCAAAGCACACCUGCUGGCGCACGUCUCUUGAGAGUGCGGCGCGAAACAUGUGGGCGUCGUCCGCCAUCGCGGACGGAGCUACAACCCUGACCCGCACCCACGACGAUGCCAUGCGCUGCUGUUCGUUUCUGGAGCCUUUCGCGAUACAGGUGACACCGAACCGACUCCUGGGCCUUCAGCUGUUCUUUGUGCCACUGGAGUGGACUGACUCACCGGCGUCGUCGCGCAGCCGUCUCGCAGGCUCCGCAGCGCCCGCCUGUGGCACACCCGCUGCUGCGACGGCGGUGGUGUGCAUUGAGCGAGAGGGCCUGUCGCGUCCCUUGUCUGUUGCUGCUCAUGUAUGCCGCAGAGAGCCGGCGUCACCGGCCGCUGCUUCAGGCGGCGUCGCGGAGCUCUCUCCAGAGGCACUCGACCUUACACAGGAGUGCCUGCUGGAGUCGCUGGAGCAGAAGCGGCUGGUCCCCGCUCUCCAGCGGUGGGCCACGCAGCUCCCCACCUCCACCCAGGCGCGGCUUCUUGGCGUCUUCAUUUCUCAGCCGUUCACAUGGGCGCCGCACUCAGAGACGACUACAUCGCUGCAGGUGAUUCUUGUGGUGGAGCGCAACACGGACGUGCUUGGCAUGCAGAGCCCUUUGUGCAGCCCGUCCCACCCCGCCGACCUCCUCUCCACUGAGGAGCGGCAGCUGGUGGAGGUUGUCACCGCGGCGGCGCCGCUAAUCAAUGAGGUCGAGGUGCUUGUGUGGGUGCAGAGCACAUGCGGCGAGGCACGGGGGACAGCUGCCGCAGAGACCGCUCUUCAUCGACUCUACCCAACUCUCAGUCGCGAUGCCUUACCGGCGGAUGUGCGGUGCGAGGAUUGGCAGAACGGGUGUGACCUUGUCAAGGGUGGGACGGAAGCGCGCAAGCUGGUGCGCGGUCAAGUGACGCAGACAGUUCGCUGCUGGUGCCAGCCGCUGCGCAAGGAGUUGUCGAUGAACCUCCCUCCCUAUCACGCGGCGUUAUGCGCUGUGCCUCUUCCAUGGUUUGGUAAGGCGUGCCGCCGCCGUCCUCAGUCGAGGCCCAGCUCGGAGCAUCGCACAGCGUCGUCCCCUGCACUAGACAUCGGCGCCGCCGCUGGCAAAGCCGAGCGCGCAUUCGCCAGCGCCUGCUCACAGCGGCUUCCGUGGGUUCCGACUUUCUGGCGCCACCCCGGCGCGCUCGACGCCUGCUGCUCCGUGCUCCUCAGCGUCCUCCUUGAGGGCACGAUCUUGCCCACCAGGGCGACAUCUGCGGUCACCGAGAGCGACACGCCGCGUCGGCCAGGGAGCGUCGAGGUGUGCGCCCCUCGUCUCUCUGCGCACUUGUUUGCAGCCGCGGAGGCAGAUGUUGGCGCAGCGGCCGGGCAGACGAUUCUGGACGGUGCAGUCGUGGCACUCGCGGGAGAGGCGGAGCGCGUAGUCGCUCUCAGCGGGAAGUCGGAGCAGGCCGGUCAUUUUGCCUCGUGUGGUGCACCGUUGCCACCGACAUCAUUUUCUGAAUUGUCGGCGCCUCGUCGCGUGCUCGUGUCCGUGCGAGAGGGCGACGGGGCCGCUACAGCUGUGACGACGGCGUUCGUGAAGCAAGUUCUGGGCUCAGUCCAUACACAGCCAGCGCGCUUGUGCUUGUACGAGUGCACUUCCACCAUGAAAGCGGCGGCACUCGGCGCGCAGGUUGCCGCGACACUCCAGCACGCGCAGCGCGUCGGUCAAUCGGUCUCUGUCGACACCGGCAUCGUGGACGUUGAUCCGCUCGCCUCGUCGUUUGUGGCGUACGCAUGUGUGUCCGUGCAUGUGUGA